GAGACUUCAUGGCGCACGAAAAUGCGCAGCUCUAAUGAAAUAUAUCCGUAAAUGGAGGACCAGGCUUCUGCUUCAGCCUGCAAAAUAGAUUUGACGAUCGCUUUUUAGCAUUUACUGGUGAGCAGGACACCGGUUAACAAAGAAUAUGGAUAGAGGAUGGUAUAUUGGACAGGAGAGGAUUGCCUGCAGGAAAUCUGUACAGCAGUUCUCUCACCCCCACAGCAAUGUCUCAAGGCCCUGCAUGACUGUCAACCUGACAGAGAUGCUUCGGGCUAAUAAACCUGAUGCAGAGAGGAAGCCAAUUCAAAUACGCCCCCCAAGUCCCAGAGUCUCUAUGCCAAAGGAACUAGCGUUCCACCGGAGUCUCUCCUGUGAACCCUUGCCCAAACCCAUCAUCCGAAGACGCUCACACUCUGUGCCCUCCUCCACAGACAAGAAGCACUCCAGAAACACUGGCGUGCGUUUUGUAGACUCUCUUGGGCUCGACCUGGAAGACAUCAAGCUCUUCAAAACGGGAGAUGAUCCAUUUGUACCACAACAUGUCACCUUUAAGUUAUUGAUGGGUGCAGAGUUGGCAGAUGGAAGGCACUUUGAGAUCUCUUUGCCAUACCUGAAACCAGUUUUUGCACAACAGCCUGGUGACCAACCAGAAUUUCUGAAUCGCCUUUGUUGGCAGAAAGUGUGCCUGGAAAGGGUAUUGUGUUUUGAGCUGGGCAUCAUUGGAAUCACCCAGGUCCUCAAUUUAGACUUUGAGAAAGAAGUCAGAGCCCGCUAUUCCUUCACAGAGUGGAAGAGCUGCACAGAAACUAAGGCCUCCUGGGUGAACACAACCACCAAGUCCUGGGAUGGAGGAGGAGGCCAGUGCAGUUGUGAUACUUUUCGUUUCCAUCUCCCUGUGCCACCUUUUCUGCAGCCUGGGGCAGUGUUAGAGUUUGCCAUCCAGUACAAAGUCUGUGGGACUGAAUACUGGGACAACAAUGACGGGCAAAACUAUAAGUUAGUUUGUCAUAACUACAAGCUCACUGUGCCCAGAGAAUGUGAAGAUAGCAUGGUGCACUUCAUUUAGGAUGCUGAAGGAAAAAAA